CAGAGGGGGAGGGAGAGAGAGGUGGGCGGGCACUGGAUCGACUCUAUCCCACGUCGGAAAUACCAACCAGGUGCAGCAGCUCCUUCCUCCUCUCCUCUCCUCUCUCCGGCUGCUGUCGCUGAGAAAUCCGCAGCGAACUGCAGCAAUGUUCGUCCAGUGAGAGCUCCGUGCUGUUCCGCUCUGAGCUGCCGGCUUGCAUGGCUCUCGCUCGGCCGGCUGGACAAUAGACAGCCCGCCUUCCCGCUGCAGCAGCACAGGCUUCUCUCCUCCCUCCAGCCGUGGGAGCUUCCAGUGUUCCUGUCCGGGAUUCCUGCAGCACCGUCCGCGGCUCCAGAUGGCUGGACACGGGUGGGAAGACUGGUUCGAGCGGGAAGAAUUUAUUGGACAGAUCAGCGACAUCCGAGUGCAGAACCUGCAAGUUGAAAGGGAAGUGGUUCAGAAGAGGACCUUCACCCGAUGGAUGAACCUCCAUUUGGAAAAGUGUGACCCACCCAUUGAGAUCCAUGACCUUUUCCAGGACAUACAGGAUGGACGCAUCCUCAUGGCCCUACUGGAGGAACUCUCAGGCUGCAAACUGCUCCAUGGGUUCAAGAAGUCCUCCCAUCGUAUUUUCAGACUCAAUAACAUCGCAAAAGUCCUGUCUUUCCUUGAGGAGAGAAAUGUAAAGCUGGUUAGUAUCGAUGCAGCUGAUGUUGCUGAUGGAAACUCCUCCAUUAUCCUGGGACUCAUCUGGAACAUUAUCCUUUUCUUCCAGAUUAAGGAACUGACUGGGAACAUCAGGAGCCAGUUCCCGUCUUCAUCCAGCCUAUCGUCCAUCCCCACCAGCUCUGACUCUGACACAUCCUACUGCAGCACGCCGUCAGAUGAGAGACACUCAGCGUCCACGGCCAUACGAGAACACAGCAAAGCCAUCAAGAAGUUGCUGCAGUGGGUCCAGAAACGAACCCGAAAGUAUGGCGUGGCAGUGCAGGACUUUGGGAAGAGCUGGACAAGUGGUCUGGCCUUCCUGGCUGUCAUUAAAUCCAUUGAUCCCACCCUCGUAGACAUGAGGAGGGCCCUACUGAGAAGUGCCAGGGAGAAUCUGGAGGAUGCCUUCAGGAUAGCCCACUACAGUCUGGGUAUACCACGACUCCUGGAACCUGAAGAUUUGACAAUUAACACACCAGAUGAACAGUCCAUCAUGACGUAUGUCUCACAGUUCCUGGAGCAUUUCCCUGGCAAAGAGGAGCCAGAGCGACCCUCCCAGGUGAUUGAGCGAAGCAUCUCCAUGGGCCGACUCAACUUCCGUGACAGUGACUCUGACCACAUGAAGAAUGGCAGUCACCGGAGCAGAGUGAAGGAAAGGUCCUACAUGUUCCAGAAGGACUGUGCCAAGCACCCCCCAAAAAUCUUAAUUUCCUCUGUAUCAGAAGACAGAAGUGUCAUGUCACCAGCCUUCAGGAUGGCUGCAGCUCGGUCAUGGUCCAGUGAGGACUUUUUAUCAGAAUCCCCCAAAGUGGAGGACAUCUCCAGUCAUGCCCUUGAAGACACCAGGGAACCUGCCGGUCAGGUCUUAGCCAACAUAGUCGCUGAUUCCCCACAGCUGUCGUACACUCACUCACCCACCUCCUCAUCAGUGGCCGAGUCUGUAAACACUGAAUCAGUAAUUGGUGAUUCUGCAAUCAGCUCCCCAGAAUCCUGGGUGGAGAGUGAGUUUGGGGUGAUACCGGUUAAGUUUUGUGAGAGCCGAAGUGACAGUUCUCUAUGUGACAGUGGGACAGCCUGGGAUGUGUACCGUGCCACCCCCGUGGAGGUAACUACCCUUGAUGAAGGAUUUAUCCCAUCCAUGGAGGACAGAGCCACUGAUGACCAGUCCAUGACUGAUUCAUAUACUGAUGAAGGUGUUUACUCACUAAGUUCAUUGGAGAGCACACAGGGCAGAAUCCAAGGACAUUCUGACAAAAAGCAAGUGGAAGUACUGAAAGAUGAAAAGGCUAAUCAUGAGAACCACAAACAGGACCUGGGAGUAGAACAUGGACCUAAUCAGAUUGAAACGGAGGUUACAAACAAAAAAGACAGAGUUGAACAGAGAGAACAGAUAAAUGCAAGUCAAAAUAAAAAAGACAAAGUACUGAAAGAGCAAGAACCUUUUUCUGCAUUGUGUGAUACAGAGAUGCUGGCGAAAUCUGGUGCUGAAAAUGUCCUUAAAGAUGAUGUAUCGAAACCGUUCCAAUUUAACUCUGGUACCAACCUACCACUCUCUGGUGAUUCUGAACUUGUGAACCAGAACAGUGUGAUAAAGAGCAGUAGCAAAGAAAUGGAAUGUUUAAAGCAAGACAUGCAUUUCAUUACACAGGACCAUGAAGAAGAAAAUAUUGUUCAAACUGAAACUCGGAAAAAGAGAAAUAACUCAGAAGAGGUUGAAGUGGGAAUCAAACAACAGAAAACAGAUUGUCCUUCAGAAGACAAAGAGAAGGGCUCAACAAAUGAGUCACAAAUUUUAAAGAAAAUGAGUGAAGAGAGAGUAGAAACCCAAGAUGAAGGAAAGGAUUUGGAUAAGGAACUUUUAAGAGACAACCCACCUGAUUCUCAAGAAAGCAAUAGAUUAGAAUCUUGCAUACCUUUAGAGAGUACAUACUCAACCAAACAAGAGGGAACAUCAAAAACAAGUCUGGGCCCAAGCAUGGACAUAAAUAUUCCUUUGAUAUCCAUUUCAACUGAGCCAGAAGAGCAGGAUCAAGACGGAAUAUCUAACCAAGAAGGACAAGAACAUGCUGACAAUGAAGAUCUGGGCGAGCAAAGAAAGCCGGGAACUGACAAAGAUGUCAACGGUCCUCGAAGUCCGGAUGAACUAAGCUACGUCUCCACUGACAAUGAAAGCAAAAUCCUUGUUGAGAUUUCUACUAACCCAGUGUCAGAAAAUGUUCAUCUAACACAAGCACCCUUGAAGCAAACAAGGGAAGCAGAAAACAAGCUUUCACAUGAUACAGAUGAAGAUAACAUCAGAUGUGUGCCAGAAACGGAGGGCAACAUGGAAAGAAGUGAUGCCAAACAGGAAUGCAAGUUUCCGCGUGAUGAUUUUCAGACAGCAAAGGACUUGGUUGCUCAGUCGUCUUCUACAAAUACUAACACUCAACUUAUCAAUACUGAGCAGAACAUGGAUACAACUGGUUCAUCAAAUGGGCACCAGGACAAACUGGCUGACACUUUUUCUGACAAUGAGACAGUCAGCACACAGCAGAACACACUGGAUCCACUUAGCUUGAAACCACAGAGUAAGAUCGAGAUUUUGGUUUGUGAACCAGAUAGUAUGUCCAGAAACAUGGACUUGUUUUACACAGACAUUAAUCGAAGUUCUCCUACAGAGGAUCUAGUCGGUGACCCUAUUGAACCCAUGGAUCUGUUCUACCCUGACAAAGAAGAGCCCAUGUUUGCAGAGCCACCUGACACUGAAAUGCAGAGUUGGCCUUCUGUUUUGAGUGUAUCUCCACUCCAGCCAGCACCGGCAUCGGAGGCUUCACAAGGUGACCAACAACUUAACCUACUGGGUGAAGAUUUCAUGGACGGAAGGAAUUUCGUACAAGAUCAGGAUAAGGUAAAUGUGAUUACUAAGACCAACCAAGAGAGUGAAAAUGCAUCUGAAUCCCAGGGCCAGUGCUUGUUGCCUGGGGAGGAGAUAAGAAGACAUUUGGGUGAUGACGUUCUAGCAAACGGCAGUGAUCUCAGUGAGGCUGAGGAAGAGAACCCGGACUCUGCCAGAGAAAGCACAGAGCCUGUGAGCAGACAAAAUGAAAGCCAAAUCCCUCCAGUUCUCCGUCACAGAAAGCCGGCUCACUUGAGUGAAUCCAUGGACAAUCGGAGAGCUGCGCCCAGAAAAGCUGACAGAGAUGACUCUGAUUGGUGGCGGAGUGAGCACUUGGAGCUGUAUGUGCUGCUGCUGCUGUGGCUGCUGCUCUACUGUUUCUGGGUGCUGCCACAAAUGGACCUGAAAACACUGCCCAGCCUGCUGCUGAAUCUCAACGACUGAGUGCACACGCACACACGCACAUACACACACACACACACACACACACACGCACGCACACGCACACGCACACAGUUACUGCUAUAAAGUGAACUUUGUCAGUUACAAAUAUGUGCUUUUUGAAUAAAUGUACACGUAAACAUGUACACAUUCAGCUCAACUGCCACUCUGCACUCUGUUUCAUUACACUGAUUUUUCUCAAGAUUAAAUGAAGGCAUUUUAAAGAUGUAUAUUUCAGAGCAGUAAAGCUUAGUUUAAUGUUUUUUCUUUUUAACUUUUAAUGUUGCUGAAAGUGGUCUGUGUGGCAGUAUAAGGAUCACUGCUGGUGAAAAAGACACCUGAAAUUAUGAAAAACAGAAACAUGUGACAAAAGUCAGAGUUUUAGGGUGAUAUACAACAUUCCAAGUCUCAAAUUGCAAGAUUAUGAGAAAACAUUUAUAUGUAAUAUGUCAAAAAUUAGGUUACAGCAUUUUGUGAAAAAGGUCAAAAUGAUGUCAAAGCCCGAAUGUAAUUCAUCCCAAUUCUUAAUAUUAAAAUAAGGCUGUGGUUUUACAAGAAAAUGAAAUAAAAUAUUGUUUAAAAAAACAAUAAAUGGUUUACUUUUACAAAACAAUAUACGAAUAAAUUUGUGAUGUUGCAUACAAUUCAUUGUAUUUUAACAAUAAAGAUGUAGUUUUACAAAGAAAACUCGUAUUUUGUUGUAAUUUGUAAUUUCACAGAAAACUAUUAUUUUUCUAAUGAUUUCCUCUAAUUAUUAAAGUCAUAUUAUUAAAAAAUAUAAUUUUGGGAAAAUGUCAUACAGUUAAAAUAAUUUACGUAAAGCUUUUUGGUAAAAUGAAGACAUUUUCAUGAUAUAAUUUCUUCUUGUAAAAUGACAACUUAAUCUCUUAAUGUUGAGAAUUUGUCCAUGUAAAGUGAAGCUGAACUUUCUUUCAAUAGUAUUUAAAAUUAUUUGUCCAAAGCUAAAACUUUAGCCUGAUAACAGUGCUACAUUUGUUGAAAUGUGACAAAUGUAUUCUCGAAAUGUCCCAGCAGUGACCCUGAUAUUCCAUUACAGAUGUGUUCUUCUGUAAAGACUAUGGAGGUUUUUGGUUUAUUGCUGUGAAAAGCUGACCAAACUGACCUUGUAAGGCUAUAUGACUGUACAGCACUCUUUGUAGAUAAAGAUACAUACUAUGGAUAUAUGGAUGCACAGUGAAUUGCAGUUAACACAGAUGGAGAUGAUUAAAGCAAAGCUGCUUCAGGCUGUUAAUAAAAACAGGAGUUAGUGGAGCUGAAGUAUAUAUAAAUGUGUGUGCGCGCAUGUGUGUGUGUGGCUGGCCAGUGAAUGGCCACUUCAUUAGGUACACUUUGCUAAUGAAUGCUUGGACCCCCUUUUGCCUUCAGAAUUGCCUUAAUUCUUGGUGUCAUACUUCCAACAAGGUGUUGGAAACGUUCCUCAGAGAUUUUGGUCCAUAUUGACAUGAUAGCAUCAUGCAGUUGCUGCAGAUUUUUCGGGUGAACAUCCAUGAUGCAAAUCUCACAUUCCACCACAUCCCAAAGGUUCUAUUGGACUGAGAUCUGGUGACUGUGGAGGCUAUUGGACUACUGUAAAGUGAACUGAUUGUCAUGUUCAAGAAACCGGUGUGAAAUGAUUUGAGCUUUGUGACAUGGUGUGUUAUCCUGCUGGAAGUAGCCAUCAGAAGAUGGUCCACUGCGGUCAUAAAGGGAUGGACAUGGUUAGCAACAAUACUCAGGUAGGCCAUGGCAUCUAAAUGAUGCUCAGUUGUUACCAAGGGGUCCAAAGUGCGCCAAGAAAAUAUACCCCAGACCACUACAUCACCACCAGCAGCCUGAACAGUUGAUACAAGGCAGGAUGGAUCCAUGUUUUCAUGUUGUUUACAUCAAAUUCUGACCAUCUGAAUGUCGUAGAUGAAAUCGAGACUCAUCAGACCAGGCAACAUUUUUCCAAUCGUCUAUUGUCCGAUUUUAUUGAGCUUGUGCAAAUUGUAGUCUCAGUUUCCUGUUCGUAGCUGACAGGAGUGGUACCCGGUGUGGUCUUCUGCUGCUGUAGCCCAUCUUCUUCAAGGUUAGACGUGUCGUAGUUCAGAGACAGUAUUCUGCAUUCCUUGGUUGUAACAAGUGGUUAUUUGACUUACUGUUGCCUUUCUAUCAUCUCCAAUCAGUCUGCCCAUUCUCCUCUGACCUCUAACAUCAGCAAGGCAUUUCCAUUCAUACAACUGCCGCUCACUAGAUGUUGUCUCUCUUUCGGACCAUUCUCUGUAAACCCUCGAGAUGGUUUUGCGUGAAAAUCGCAGUAGAUCAGUGUUUUCUGAAAUACUCAAACCAGCCCGUGUGGCACCAUCAACCAUGUCACAUUCAAAGUCACUUAAAUCCGGUUUGAACUUCAGCAGGUUGUCUUGAACAUGCCUACAUGUCUAAAUGCAUUGAGUUGCAGUCAUGUGAUUGGCUGAUUAGCUCUAUGCGUUAACAAGCAAUUGAACAGGUGUACCUAAUAAAGUGGUCGUGUAUAUACCGAUAAAGGCAGGAUAUGAGUCUCUGUGCCUGUACUAUUUGAAAAAGAACUACUCCGUCUGAAUGCAGGGGAAUAUUGAAUGUGUUGCACUUUUGAAAGAGAAUACAAACUGCCAAAGAGAGUGCUGGAAGUGCUACUACAGAAAGUACACACCUCACCACUGGCCAGAAAAUGGAAAUCUUGGUUUUAGCACAUUAGAGGUCUGGUAUAACUCAUGUACUAAAGCAUCACCCCAGCUCUAUCUUGUAUAAUAUUUGAGGCAGAAGAUGUAUUUGUAAUAUUUUAUGCCUCAUAAGACACAUGAAUGGAUUUUUAAAAGAUUUUAUGAUUAAAAAAAGUUUUAUGUGAUUAAGCUAUGCUUAGGCUUGUUCAAGUCAGUCAAAUGACAAUGCUUUACAAUGAAAAAUCUUUUUAUAUGUUAUUUUUGAUCAAUGUCUGUAAUGAAGCAGUAUGAUUAAGUGAUGCUAAACAUUCUUCAUUUGAUCGUCAUCACAAUUGGCACAAACCUGUUUCCACACCAGCGGGCCAGUGGAUGAAGUCUCUGUUUACUCUAAAUCUAAAUACAGCUCCUCUGUCCACUGAGGGGCAGCAAAAAAAGCUAUUCAUUCCAGUUCAGUACAAACUGGGUCAUCCCUGUUGCACAGUUCAUCUUUAUCACAUCACAAAUCUGUGCAUGGAUAUCUGUUCAUACGUUUAGCCUUGUGAGAACAUGAACUUAUCCCAAUUCCACACUAUUUACUAACUCCAUAGACUGUGAGUGUCACAGAGUCCUGUUAUACAUUACCAUGCAUCAUUAUGGAACAUCUUAUUCUAAAAAGCAGUUACUACUUCUGUCAGAUAAGUGUAGUGGAGUAAAUGGUACAGCAGUAAAGUAUGAAGUGCCAUAAAAUGAAUUACCUGAGGUAACUUUUCAUACACAGAUACAAUACUUAUGUAGAUGUAUGUAUUUUCUUUCCCCUGCUGGAUAUAAUAUGUCUUGCUGAUUGUUUUAGUAUGAAGCUUUGGAGAUAUUUAAUGAAAAAUAACUUGCUUGUUUUGUUGACUGAUUUACUUUGUCAUGUUUGUGAACUGUAUACUCAAAGCUUGCUAGUAUUUAGUAUGGAAAUGGGAAACCGUUCAGUUCACAGAGAAGAUAUUUUUGCCAGUCUUUUUGCUUUAACAAAAGGUAAAGUAAGGUUUAGGAUUUGUAUUCACAGUCAUACAAAGGGUUAGUAAGUCCAUUAGAGCUACUGUCAUAUUUAUUUUUUGAUCUUAUCAUAAUACAAACUUUGUUCUUUUGAUCUUUCAAUAAACAUGUAGAAUGUGA